CCGGCGGCGCGCGGCCCGCGCCGCCGCCGCGGCCGCGGCCGCGCCACACCGCCCCGACGCAAUGAAGCGCAUCCGCUGCAGCAUCCUGGCGGCCUGCCUCGUGGCCGCGCCGCCCGCGGCCCGCGGCUCGCGCCUGCGGCGCCGCGGCGAGGGCGCGGCCGUGAGGUCGCCCAAGGUGGACCACAGGGAGUAUCGGCACGUGGUCUUCGACAACGGUCUGUCCGUGCUCGCAGUCGAAGACGCGAAGGCCGCGAAGUCCGGAUUCGCGGUGGCCGUGUCGGCGGGCUCGUUCUACGACCCGCCAGAGUUGCCGGGGCUGGCGCACUUCUGCGAGCACCUUCUCUUUCUCGGGACGAGGAAGUACCCAGACGAAACCUCUUUCGACACGUUCUUGUCUCAGCACGAUGGCUCGAAUAAUGCGUACACGGAGCAGGAGAGGACGGUGUUCUACAAUGAGGUGAGCCAUACUGGUUUCGACGAGGGUUUGGAUCGUUUCGCGCAGUUCUUCAUAGCCCCGAUGUUCAAGCCAGAGCUGGUCGGUCGGGAGCUGGAGGCCGUGAACUCAGAGCACAUGAAGAACGUGCCAGACAUGGGCAGGCGGCUCUGGGAGCUGGCGCGAUCCACGGCCAGGAACGGGUCCGUCGUGGGCCGCUUCUACACUGGGACGACCGAGUCUCUGCACCAUGGGGACCAAAGCACGGUCGCGGCCCUCCACCGCUACCACUCCAAGAACUACUGCGCAAGGCGGAUGUCCCUCGUGGUCGUGUCGAACAGGUCUCUCGCCGACCAGCUGGCCCUCGCCCGCGAGCGCUUCGGCGCGGUGCCCGGCGACGGGUGCGACCCGGCCCCGCGCGACUUCGGGGCCGACGAUCGGCCGUAUCAGGAUGCCCAGUCUGUGGGCCGCAUGCUGAGGACCCACACGGACUCCGUGGCGCAGAUGUGGCUGUCGUUCCAUCUGCCUCCGAUCCUGCGGGAGUACAGGGCGCAGCCGGCCUCGAUGGUCCAGUACCUGCUGAACUACGGGGGGCCAGGGUCGCUGAAGAGCUGGCUGAAGGCGCAGGGCUGGGUCUCCGACCUGGAGCUCCAGGUGGACCAGAGUUCUGCCACGACGCUCCUGUACAUGAUGUUCACGCUGACGCCCAGCGGGGUGAACAAUACAGAGGCGAUCUCCUCCUCCGCCUUCGCCUACCUCUCGCAGCUUCGGGCGGGGGCUGCGGGCGCCAUCCGCAGCAUCUACCCCACCAUGGAGCAGCUGUCGCUGGUCACAUUCGACUACCAAGAGGCACCAGACAGCGUUAUGGACACGGUGUCUGCCCUCGCGGCAGCCAUGUCGCUGUAUGCGCCGUCGGACAUCCUUUCUGGCGACACCGUGGUAGACCAUAUUGAUGACAAGUUGAUUGGGGAUCUCGUAGCACGCCUGACACCAGACUCCGUCAACAUCGUCAUCGCGACCAGCGACUUCGACGAGAAGCAAGCCAAUCGCGUGAACGAGUUUUACUCGAUGAAGUACGCCGACCACCCUAUCCCCGAGAGGCUCAUGAAGGCUUUCAGGGCCGCGGUCUCAGGGGAGGGCGUCGCACUUCCACCCCCUCUCAGGUACGUGCCAACGCACCUGGCCGUCGUGGCCAGGACGGCCGGGAAGGUGCCGAAGGAGCUCGGCGGAGAGCGCAGUGCCGAGGUGUGGUGGCUCGGGCACGGUCGUUUCGACCUCCCGAAGGCUCAGGUUCGGCUGAAGGUCACAGUGCCCAAGGAGUCUUUCGGUACAGCGGAGUUCGUCGCGCUGCGCAAGCUGCACGUCGAGCUGAGCAGCAGGGUCCUGGAGGAGCUCACCGAGGAUUUCGUCAAUUGCGGCAUGAAUUGGGAGCUGAAGGACACCGGGGAGGGCUACCACCUUUCAAUGGACGGGUACAGCGAGUACCUGGCCACGCUCGCCAGCACCAUCUCUGGACGCAUGGCCGCCCCCGACGAUGGCGACGAGCACCGGUUCGCGCAGGCUAAGCAGAAGCUGCUCGACCAGCUGCGGGACACCACCUCGCAGAUGGCAUACGAGCACGCCAUGGACGCGCUCGCGGCCGUCUCCACGAGCAGCGUGUUCGGGCGCGAGGACGUCCUGGCGGCGCUGAAGGGCGUGACCCGCGAGUCGCUGGCCACGUACAUCCACGCGCUCCGUGCCCGGGGCCUCCGGCUGCAGGUGAUGACGACGGGCAACCUGGACGAGGCGGCCUCGCUGGGGCUCGCGCGCGCCUUUGCCAAGGAGCUCGGCGUGAGCAGCUCGCUGCACAAGGCAGAGGUCGCCGAGAGUCGGGCCCUGAAGGCCGAUGACAUCGAGGUCGAGAUGCCGAACCCGAUCCCCGGGGACGAGGACUCGGCCACGGUCAACGCCUACCAGCUGGGCGUCCCGGAUGUCGCCGAGCGCGUGAAGGCCCUGAUGUUGGGGAAGAUGAUAUCGCAGCCAGCGUACGAUACUCUGCGGACGAAGGACCAGCUCGGAUACAUCGUGUUCGGAGUCAUGAUGCCGCACCUCGACGUCCUCGAGCUCCGGCUGAUCGUGCAGGGCUCGAAGGCCACGCCCGACGACGUGGACGGCAGGAUGGAGGUGCUGCUUGACAGUUUCCAGGGGACCCUGGCCAACAUGUCGCAGGCGGAGUUCUCUCGGUGGAAGUCGUCCUUGAGGUCGACCCUGAGCAGGGAGGACCGCAACAUGGGGCAGGAGGCGGAUCGUUUCUGGGCCCAGAUUUCCUCCGACAGGCACUGCUUCAACCAGCAAGAGCUGGCGCUCGAGUUCCUGGACUCGCUGCACUCCCCAGCUACCCUGCUGUCCGAGUUCGAGCGCUUCCGCGGCAAGAGCAGGCGGAAGAUCAGCGUGCGCCUGCUCGGCGCCAAGCUGGCGGCCUCGCAGGGCGCGCAGCCCCUGACGAACGCCACGCUCCCCGGCGCGGCCUCGCUGCUGCGCCUGCGCGGCGACGGGCUGUCGGCGAAGCAGGUGCGCUCUCGCAUCAACGCGCGCGGCGCCGAGGAAACAGCCCGCGGGGCGCUCCUGGCGCCGCACGCCGCGGCGGCCUCGCGGCGGGCCAAUCCCAGGCGACGUGGUCGUGAUGGCGGUGCUGCGGGCUGCGGCGUGGCCGCGGCCGACGCUGCUCGUGCCGACGGCGGCGGGACGCGCGGGGGCGCCGAGGUGGACGGCGCCGCAUGGGGGGUGGUCGCAGGCCGCGGCGGCAGGGCCGCCCGCUGCCUGCCCCCGCGGGCCGGAGGGUCGCUGCCGCGCACGCUGCAGGGCUGGCCGAGUGGAAGGUCGGCGGCCUCGCUCGCCGUGACCUUCCUGCAGCUGGGCCUCGCUGGGGAGAAGUUCCAGGUCGCUGGAGUCGCCGGGUACCUCGGGACCCGGCGACCGCUCACGGAGCCACGCUGCCCUGUCUUCCUGCGAAGAAGAGGCGUGCGCUGGCUGGCGCGGAUGGCCGCCCGCGCGAGGUCGCAGCAGGCCUCGCUCGCGAUCAGCCGCCUCGGCAGGCAGAGGCGCUGGGAGCUGGCCGUGGCCGCGUUCGAGCUGGCGCCCUCGGGCAUCGCCGCCCACAACGCCGUCAUCAGUGCACUUGAGAAGGGAAGGCAGUGGGCGAGAGCGAUCUCGACGCUGGGCGUACUGCCCCUGAGGAGGCUGGCGCCGGACGCCGUCACGCUGAACUCCGCCAUGAGCGCCUGCACAAGAGGAGAGCAGUGGGCGCUGGCGCUGGCGCUGCGCGCGGAGUUCCCCACGAGGCGCGUGGUACCCAGCCUGACGACCCACAACGCCACCAUCACGGCUUGCGAGCGGGGCCAACGGUGGCAAAGCGCGCUGGAGCAGCUGGGCCACCUGGAGGCCGCCGGGCCCGAGCCCGACCUGGUCACCUACAACAGCACCAUCAGCGCCCUCGAGAGGGGGCGGCAGUGGCAGCGGGCGCUGCUGCUCUACGACGCGCUUCGGAAGAGGCAGCGCGGCCCCAUCGAGCCGGACGUCGUCUCGUGCAACACGGUCAUCAGCGCCUGUGCCAGGGGAGAGGCCUGGGAGCAGGCCCUGGCGCUCCUCGCGGCCAUGCCGCGGUGGGCGCUGCCGCCGGACCCGAUCUCCUUUCCGAGGAUGGCUGCGCAGCCGCUCCGCCCAGCCCCCACGAGGAG